CCCGUAGCACUAACUAUAAUACACCCUUCUUCGCUUAUACUAGCCAAUAUAUCUUCUCUCCUUUCAACUAAAUAAUCUUAAAGCUGGCAAUGGUGGAGAGGGAACAGGCUCGACCGCUAGCUCCAGCGGCCGACCGACCGAGCAGCGACGACGACGAUGUCGCGGCGCACUUGAAGAAAACCCGUCGCAGAAAAUUGAUCAAGUGUUGUUGCUUCAUCACAGCGGUACUACUAAUCCUAGCGGUGGUGAUCAUAAUCCUCAUAUUCACGGUGUUUCGAAUCAAGGACCCCGUUAUCAAGAUGAACAAGAUUACGGUCACUCGAUUGGAUUUGGUUAACAAUACGACACCAAAGGCUGGAAGUAACAUGUCGUUGACUGCUGACGUGUCUGUUAAGAACCCCAACGUAGCGUCGUUUAAGUAUAGUAACACGACGACAACGCUGUACUAUCACGGAAUGGUGGUCGGCGAGGCCAGAGGCCCACCGGGGAGGGCCAGGCCCAGAAGGACCAUGCGGAUGAAUAUCACGGUGGACAUCAUCAUGGGUCGGAUCAUGUCCAGCCCAAAUUUGGUAGCUGAUGUGGGCUCCGGCCUUUUGGCAAUGAGUAGUUAUUCGCGGAUUCCGGGUCGGGUUAAAAUGUUGAACAUCAUCAAGAGACAUGUUGUUGUGAUGAUGAAUUGCACCAUGACCGUUAAUAUUUCAGGCCAGACAAUUCAAGAACAGAAAUGUAAGAGAAAGGUUAAACUAUAGGGUACGUGUUAUUUUUCUUGUUUUACAUAUUAUAUAUAUAUAUUGAUAUGGUUGAAGUUUAGAGAUAGAUCUCUCCUACAUAUUAGAGAGAGAGUUAAUUAGGAUUAUUUAUGUUUAAAACAUUACUGUUCCUGUAAUAUAUUUUUUAAAAAGGAAAAAAAACCAUGAUCAUGUUGUCUUG